AUGUAUUGCCAGAAAUGCCGCACGCCUCUCAAGCUGGAUAGUUCUCUUGAGGAGCUUAACCCAGCAGCAUACGAUCUUCUAGUAGGCUCUACAGGAAAAUCUACUCUAAAGCCAGCUAGUCUGGCUCGCUCGCGACCCUCGUACCCUCCAGAGCGCAAAGAACGAUAUGAUCAAGCGUCGCAGCGCGUAACCUCCCCGGUUUAUAAAAAAGAGAUACCGGCCUCAUCACGGCAUGGACGAGGUACUUCUGAGUCCGGAGCGCAGGAUCCAGCGUCUGGAAUGUCCUUUGUAAUGCUGAAUGAGUCCUUACACACCUCGUCUUACCAGCCAAACGGACCCAGUCAACAGCUGAUGGGGAGACACAAGGGACAGGAGACCUCGGGUGUUCAACCACAAAGCCACGAAACAUUAUUUGCAGACCAGGUAGAGCGGACGGCGCGGAUAUUUGAGAUAGUAUCUGCCCGGUCAGAUAUUGAUCAUCCUAUAUGUACUGACUGUACAGAAAUGCUAGUUGAGGGGUUGCAGAGCCAACUUGCAACAGCCACAAAGGAGCGGGAUGCAUACAUCUCAUUUCUCAAGAGUCUGAAUACCUCUAUCCCAUCAGCGGAUGAGAUGGCGGCUGUGAAGGAAACGCUGGAGGUAACCCUUCAAGCAGAAGCCGAGGCCUUUGGCCAGUUAAUUGCAUUGGAGAACCAAAAGAGGGCAGUGGAUAGAGAGAUCGCCAAGUUAGAGGAAGAGUCAAGACAACUAGACUUGGAAGAGCAGAAGUUCUGGCAUGAUCGUAAUGCCUUUGCCUUGACGCUAACUGAGUUCCAAAAUGAGCGGGACGCUUUAAAUGUGAAAUACGAUCACGACUCCCGGCAGCUUGAACGCCUACAACGGACAAACUUGUUUAACGAUGCAUUCUGUAUUAGCCACGACGGCUAUUUUGGCACCAUUAAUGGGCUACGACUCGGGCGACUUGCUAGCCAGCCCGUCGAAUGGUCAGAGACAAACGCUGCCUGGGGUCAAACUGUACUUCUUCUUGCCACCAUUGCCGAACGGAUAGGCUUUCAGUUCCAAGGAUACAAGCUACGACCUAUGGGCUCGACGUCCAGGAUCGACAAGAUCGAAUACCCUCAACCAAAUCAGUCUCAAUCUCAAUCUACGAAUCGGCAGGACGGAGCAAACGGGGCACAAAACAAGAUACAACCCAAAAUCACUCCCCUUGACCUUUUUUCUUCUGGUGAAUUGCCGCUAAAUCUACCGUGGAUGCAUCGCCGAUUCGAUGCAGGUAUGGUUGCCUUUCUCGAAUGUCUCCGGCAGCUAGGUAAUCAGGUCGAAAAGACUCCAACCUCGAUAUCCACUCCCGCAGAGCCUUCGGCUUCUAGACCGGGGAACACGCCACGACGUCAAAAUUCAACGCAAGUCACAGGUCUCAAACUGCCGUAUGAGAUCAAGCGUGAUAAGAUUGGUGACGCAAGCAUAAGACUUGGUUUCAACCAGAGUGAUGAGACUUGGACCCGCGCUUGCAAGUAUACGCUUACAUGCUGUAAAUUCUUGCUCGCUCAUGCAAGCAACGCAGGCUCGAGCAAGUCAAACACUUGA